GAACAUGGGGAAUAUCUUGACAUCUACCAGUUGCAGAUUAACAAAGCCCCAACUAUGGCAGAGAUUUGGCUCAAAUUAACUGAGUCUGAGAAUGAUGACACCAGACAUCCAGGAAUGGUAUCUUGGCUCAUCACUGGUAUCAAUCUGGAGGAUUUACAGUAUGUAAUUGAUUGGAUGAUUGGAAUGGCAGAAUGGCUUGAUGAAGAAACUUCUAUAGAAGAAAAAUGGCAGAGAUUGGCGGCUAGGAUUGCCAAAUUUCAUGAAACAGCUGAUGCUAUGACUGCUGGCAUGGAUCUUGAUAUUGGAACAGUGCAUUCUGAUGAUCCUAGAUUCUGUCAUAUGGAUAAUGAUGGUAAUGAGUGGGUGGAUGUUUCAGAUGAAGAGAUCUCAGAGGAUAUAGAUGAAGAAAUCCUCACAGAAGAGAUGGGUAUCUGGAUGCCAUCUUCAGUGUCUCCACACAAUGGAUUGACUCUUGGGCUGGGCCCCCUCCAAGCUGAAGAGUUGGAGCUUCGAAAAGGCCAAGCCAAUGACUGUCUGGAAAACCUCUGCAUGGCCCUUAUUUAUCAUCAGUAUUUUCAGAGUGCAGAUUCUACAUGGGCUGGCACCAGGUCAAAGCAAGAAGCUCGUUGA